CACAUCUAAAACUUUCAACAAAAGAAGAAGCUUAGAGCACAAAAAUGAAUAGCAACGGCAAAGAAUCACAGCCUUAUUACCCCACUAUUUCCCCUCCAACUGAAGACUACACCAACCCUUUCCAUCAACCAAGCGUUCAAGAAACACAGCCUCAGAUGCAACCUGCAGCUGCGACGUCGGCACCAUCAUCGUCAUCGCCUCCCCCUCCGGCUGAUCAGAAUUCUGAGAAAUGGGGGACGCAUAUCAUGGGAGCUGCAGCUGCGACGGCAGCACCAUCAUCGUCAUCGCCUCCCCCUCCGGCUGAUCAGAAUUCUGAGAAAUGGGGGACGCAUAUCAUGGGAGCACCGGCCGUUCCCACAUGUCAUCCGGAUAACAAGAAGGCAGCCAUGUGGGGCGCUGGUGACCAGGCUCAAUACUACCAUCAUCCGUAUCUUCAAUAUUCCCCCGUGGAAAAAUCAAGCAAUAGCCCCAUGGAAUCCAUGCUUCAAGUCUUCAACACCUGGAGCCAUAAAGCUGAGACCAUGGCCAAUAAUAUCUGGCACAACCUUAGAACAGGGUCAUCUGUAUCGGGAGCUGCCUGGGGGAAGAUGAACGUGACGGCAAAAGCAAUAUCAGGAGGUGGAUUCGAGUCUCUUUAUAAACAAACAUUCGCUACUUAUUCAAACGAGAAGCUGAAGAAAUCAUUCGCUUGCUAUUUAUCCACUUCCACUGGACCAGUUGCUGGAACUCUUUACCUAUCAAAUAUUCAUGUAGCUUUCUGCAGUGAUCGUCCCUUGUCGUUCACCGCGCCUUCAGGCCAGGUAACAUGGAGUUAUUACAAGGUUAUGAUACCACUGAGCAAAAUAGGGAUAGUAAACCCUGUAACAAUGAGGGAGAAUCCAUUGGAGAAGUAUAUACAGAUGGUUACGGUGGAUGGACAUGAUUUCUGGUACAUGGGUUUUGUGAAUUACGAGAAAGCGUCCAAGCAUCUGUCUGAGAGUGUUUCCAGUUUUGUAGCCACCGGAGUUGCUGUUCAACCUCCAUCUGCUGCAUAAACAGAGGAUUAUAACUAUGUAGUUACAUGAUUCUUUUUCUGUUUGGAUAUUUUCAUAAUCUGGCUCAGAUGUGUUAGAGUUGUUUGAUCGAUUGUACCGUUUUUGUAAAAAUAAAAUGAAACAUCUCUUCUUCUGAUC